AUGGACCAUUCAAAAGUGCAUUUGCAAGCCCCACCUUCGAACUCUGGCUAUACCUACUCCCACAGCUCCAGCUACUCAACAACAGCCUUGGACUUUGAGAAGGAGCACAGGAUACCUGCGGUGUUCCAGUCUCCCAGGAUGUCCCGGCGAAGCCUGCGCCUGCACACCACCACCGGCCUCUAUGGUGACGACAGUAUGGACCCGUCGGUCAACCACCUGUACCACAGCGCCUCCUUCAGCGCCGGAGGAGUCAGCCAGAGAGAGUCCAAGUUGCUGAAGAGCAGGAGGUCUCAGCAGCACAGCGUCUCCUGCUCCCAGUCCCUGCUCCUCAGCACGCCCCGUAAGAGCCAGCACGGCUCCCAGCAGCACAACAGCAGCCUUCACAGCGUGGCCGCGAGCGACGCCUCCCUGCUGUCAUCCAUGCUGGACGAGUCGUGCAUCCAGGAGCGCACGCUGGUCGAUAGCUUCUGGGGUUUGGACGAAGACGCCGAACUCAAAGAGCGGACCAUGACAGUAGAGCAGAGUCUAUGUGGGGUCAACGGAGACAUUAACUCGGCCCAGACCCAGACCUCCAUGUUGAAUGGCAGUACCUGUAAGGACUGCACUAUCCAGUCAGACAGAAAGAAGGCUCUCCCCACCCACUCCUCCUCCAAGUACUCCUCAUCUGCAGCCCCCUGCGCCAGCAGCAGCCAUGCCCUGCCCUGCGCCUCCUCCCCUCCCUCCACGGUCUACGCCAGGGAGAAGAUCCGCAGGCACAACACCGGUCCGCCGCGGUCCGUCUCUGACGCCUGUGUGCUGCUGAUCCGGUGGGCGGCUGCCCGCGCCGCGUUCGUCUUCCUGCUUUUACAGAACGCGCUGCUGAGGAAACCCGGUGAGGUCAAAGGUGCUCUGUGGUCGGUAAUGGAAACAUGCUUCCGCUACAGCAGGAGAGCAGCUGCCAAGACCAUAAUUGUCCUGACGUUGUUCAUAAAGGCCACUGUGAAGAAGGCCAAAGGGGACAGAGCCGUAAUCAACAGCGGUCACUCCAGCUACUGCGGAAGCAUUAAUGUGAAAGAGUUUGGGACUGACGGGAAACCGAUGAAUCGCAGCGGCUCUUUGUGUGAUGACUGCAAAGGGAAGCAGCACCUGGAGACACAUGUUAUCCACUCAUCAUCGUCAUCAUCGUGGGUCUCCCGGUCACACCAUAUAUUGGGCGUGUUGUGGCCUGUCACCGCUUACACAGGCUUCAGGGCGUUGUGGCUGGGGCGGAAGACUGGCUCCGCUGUCAGUGCUGUGGCGCAGAGGAUGGUGUCUGUACUCUGGCUGGCUGCCAUGUUCCCAGGGAAGGCAGUGACGCGGGCCUUCGGUUGGCUGGGGACGGGAUGGUAUCAACUGGUCACUCUCAUGUCUCUGCUCAACAUCUUGGUCUUGACACGGUGCCUCCCGAAGCUCCUCAAACUCCUGCUGGUUCUGCUACCAUUUCUCCUCCUUCUGGGUCUGUGGCACUGGGGUCUAUCCAGCAUGCUGUCUCUGUUACCUGCUGUUAAUGUUACUGAGUGGAGGACGGCCUUCAGUUUCCUCUCUGGCCAAGACCAGUCCCCUCUGGAAAAACCCCAAGACGGACAGCCUGCUAUGCCCCCGCCCCCACCCCAGGUUUCCCAGCCUGGCAGUGUGCUGGUGUCUGUGGACGCUGAGCGCCUGGCCCAGUUGGAACACCGGCUGGCCCAGCUAUGGGACAAGGUGGAGGGAGGGGAACGGAGUCGGGAGCAGCAGCACGGGAAGGUGCUGGGUCUCUACCAGGCGCUGCAAGAGCAGCUGGACACCCGGACGGAUAGAGACCGCAUGGGGCUGUGGGUGUCCAGCGUGCUGGACGAGAGACUCACUCUGCUGAAGAGCGAGAUGGAGAAUGACGCGGCCCGGCAGAGAGAACCGUCUCUUCCCUGGGCCGCGCAGAGUCAGACCAGCCAGGAGCAGGUUGAGGUGUGGCAGAAGGACCAGGCGUCUCGUCUGGCUCAACUAGAGGCUCUGCUCCAGACGCUGGCAGCCCAGACCGAGGAGGUACAGAGGAGACAGGAGGAGACUGCCGCUGCUGUACCUGUUUCUGGACCGGUUCCGGUACCAGUGCAAAACGGUGUGGGUGUAAACAGCGAGUCCCAUGAUGCCUUGCUGGCAGAGGUGAAGCGGCUGGAGGCGGCGCUGGGGGGCAUUAGGAAUGAUCUGCAGGGGGUGAUGGGCUGCCAGGGAGCCUGUCACCGCCUGGACACACUUCACGAAACGGUGUCCGCCCAGGUGAAGCGUGAGCUACGGUCGUUGUUCUACGGCAGCGAGCGUGCCGCCGAUUCCCAACCCGGGGAGGAGGAGCUCCCGGAGACCCUGCUGCCGUGGCUGUCCGAGCGUUACGUGAGCGGGGCCGACCUGCAGACCUCUCUAGCCUCCCUGGAGCUUAGCAUCCUGCAGAAUGUGAGCCGGCAGCUGGAGGAGAACCGGGCCGGGCAGGAGACCCUGAGCCGUGACACCGUCACUCAGACGGUCAUGAACACCGUUGGAGCCACGGGGAUGUCUGAGGAGCAUGUGCAGCUGAUAGUGAAGAAUGCCCUGAACCUGUACUCCCAGGAUCGGACCGGCCUGGCUGACUACGCUCUGGAGUCUGGAGGUGGCAGCGUCCUCAGUACCCGCUGUUCUGAGACGUACGAGACCAAGACCGCCCUGAUGAGCUUGUUUGGCCUACCGCUGUGGUACUUCUCCCAGUCGCCACGCGUGGUCAUCCAGCCUGACGUCCAUCCGGGGAACUGUUGGGCGUUUCAGGGUUCCCAGGGUUACCUGGUGGUCCGCCUCUCCAUGAGGAUCGUGCCCUCUGCCUUUUCGUUGGAGCACGCCCCCAAAGCGCUGUCUCCAUUAGGCUCCAUCAGCAGCGCCCCGCGCCACUUCAAUGUCUACGGCCUAGAUGAUGAGUACCAGGAUGAGGGUAAGCUACUGGGCAGCUACACCUACCAGGAGGAUGGGGACUCCCUGCAGACCUACCCUGUCACUGAGGAAAAUGAUCGAGCCUAUCAGAUCAUUGAGGUCCGGGUGUUGUCCAAUUGGGGGAACCCAGAGUACACCUGUCUGUACCGUUUCAGAGUACACGGUCAGCCCAGUCCUGACUAAUGACACAAGACUGUCUACAUUUGAAUGUGCUGCAGGUGAAUGGUGGCAUGUUAUACAGAGAAGGAACACAACCACAUACAUGCUUGCUCUGCAAAACUUGAUUUGUGCACUAAUUCAGCUUGACCGCUAGUGACAACUGGUCCAAAUCGGAAGCACUGUCAUUGAAGGACAAUGGGCUGACCACUUGGACUCCUACAGAAGACAGAAAAUAUGGAGGACUGGUAUUGGGUUUUAUUGGUUAAACAAUGUUUCCAGUACCAUUGCUCAGUCUGACACAAGCUUUGUGUGUUGAGCUCUUUAGCUUAUGGUGAAACCUGGUUUUACUGUGUUCUCUUGAACAAUGGAAGAAUGUAAAGUUGUACAUUUUGUCAACAGUUUGUCAUUUUAAAUAUAGUAAUAUCAGUAUUGCUUUGAAAUACAUGCUGCAAUUUAUAUAUUUCUUUUAUAACUGGAAUUUACCACUUAAGUUAUGUGCUGGUCUUUUAAGCCAUAGAAGUCAGGCCCUUUAGAUGUAUCGCCAAGUGCCCAGUUGUAAAUCUCAUUAUUUAUUUGUUUGUUCCUAAUGACUGUUUAAUAUAUUUUUGUAAAGGCUUUUGAGACUUUGGGACAAUCCAGGUGUUAUUUUUUUAUUAUAUAAUUUUAUGUUUGUCUUUUGUACAUAAUUGAGACAUUUGCAAAUAAAGAUCUUAAUUUUGAGUGUAA